AUGGAUUUCGUGCAUUCGUCAUCUUAUGAGCCCGCAUGGAAUAAUCUAUGCGACGCCGUAGAAUAUAGCGGCAUUUUCGAUUCCGAAAAGCGCCAGCCCCAUUCACGAUGCAUGGAGAACACACGCGUUGCGCUGAGGGAGAGUCUGAAACAGAUCCUCGAUAAACGUGAUCACACGAACGUUUACCUUAACGGUCUCGCUGGUGUUGGAAAAACUUCUAUCGCGUUCUCUAUAGCUGAGGAGAUGAAAGCAACGUCAAGGCUCGCUGCUACUUUCUUCUUCUCGCAUAAACAUGCACAACAAGCUGGUGCCAUUAUUCCUACCAUCGCAUACCAGCUGGCACUGGCCUUCCCUCGCAUUCGGGGCGAUAUCGUGAAAGCGAUUGAGAAAGACAAGAUGCUCCUAUCGUCUGUAAAAUCUCGCAGUGAUCAGAUGCGAGAGCUCGUCAUCAAGCCACUACAAACAUUGAAAUUUCGUCAAGAAACACCUUAUACCAUCAUAAUCGAUGCUCUUGAUGAAUCCUUCGCUGCUGAAGAGGCAGCAAGACUGGUUUCGCUGUUGACAGAGACCCUCGCAGGUCCAGACUUGCCUAUCAUCCACCUGAUAUUCACAAGCCGUCCUGAGCCGCAUAUCCGCGCAGUCAUGCAAGGCUGUGUCCAUGAGAUUCUCCCCACCACUGAUGAUGAAGAUACAAUACGGGAUGCUCGUUUCUUUCUGCGAGCGUCAUUGGACAACACACGAACAUCUCGUCCUGUUAUCUUCGGCCAGCCGCCCACGCCAUGGCCAUCGGAGGAUGAAUUUGAAUCGCUGGCCUUCAAGGCAGGCGGCCUAUUUGUUUAUGCUGCCAUGGUCAUCAAUUUUAUAUCCAUCGCUCGUCAUAAUCCGAAGCAGAGGCUAGACCUUUUACUUCGCGAGAAGUCUACCGUCGGUGCUGACAUCGAUCAGUUUUAUCGGCAGAUUAUCGCAACUUCGGAGAAUCCACUCGCGCACUGUCGGAUGCUGGCAUCUAUCAUCCAUCUCAUGGCACCAUUGCCGGUCGCAAAACUCCAAGAUCUCUUUCACGCGGAUAGGGAGAGCUUUGAUAUGAUGCUUGAAUCAUUUUCACCCGUUAUCUUAAACCCUUAUGAUGGGGUCGGAAAUGUUGAGGUUUACCACGCUUCGCUCCGCGACUUUAUCAUGGACCCUCUACGCUCGAAGGAAUAUUACACGGAUCAUGCGCAUGUUCAUGACCACAUUGCAUGUUGUUGCCUUAGCUUCUUUGUACGACAAGAACCAACGAGCAACACAUGGUCCGCCCCAGCUUACGGAUUAUGGACAUCGUCUUAUCCACAUCAGUAUUGGGCUCCACAUCUUUCUAUGGCCUAUCCUAGUAACAAACUUCGAAAUUUGCUCGCCCUGUUUACAGAGAAAUGCCUGCAACGUUGGGUGUCACAGUCAAACGGCUAUGAUAUAUUUCUCAAUACAUCUUUGCGUGAGGCAAGAGAUACUUGUUUAUCCUUGAAAUGGAUCAGGGGUCCGUCGGACCUUGUGGUUGCCUGGCGUAUCCAUAAGGCUUUCAGAGUGGCAGCAAAGUAUCACAACAGGACACUGAUGAUGGGCAACAUCAGGAGACCACGAGUUCGCUUCUGA